AUGGUGCGUACAAUCAAGGACCUGUUUCGCAAGUCAAAGGAUCCUCAUCUCGCUCUGCUCAGCUAUCGGGAUACUCCAGGAGUCAACGGCUUUAGUCCAGCCCAGCUGUUGAUGGGACGUCAACUCAGAACCAGAGUCCCAAAGCAAGACUCCCAGCUAUGUCCCAACUGGCCCCCAACGAAAGAAGUCGUCGCCAAGGAUGUGACUUACAAGCAGAAGCAGGCGGACAACUACAACAGGCAUCAUGGAGCUCGAGACUUACCGCCACUCCAAACAGGUCAGCGUGUCUGGGUGCGACUUCAUCAAGCGCAGGCUACGGUCCUCAGUCCGGCGCAAAGACCAAGAAGCUACGUGGUCGAAACAGAGCGAGGUGGCACCCUACAGUGCAACCGGCGUCACCUAGUGCCUUUCGGGCCUACUGCUUCCGGAGAGGAACCACCACCACUGCAGCAAGUUCGCUGUCAGGAACUUCAGCCUGCCAACAUUGUGGAAUCAACGGUCCCCCUCGGACAGUUGUGCAACAGUCCUCUGCAGUCAGUGACCGCAGCGACGGUGUCACACUAA